GAUGUCAACAGAAAGAAUCCUUGCAGCUGCAACCUCAACUUCCGCACCCAAAUUCUGAAAUGAAUAGUUACAAUUUUCCAGAUAUGAAAAACUCCAUUUAUACGCCCAUGUAUCCCCUGUGGUCAAAUUCGUCAGCACAACAAUUUUCAGCCCAAAAAAUUUCUCAAGCGACUUCGAAAAUGACUCAAGUUCCAAUACUUCUGAAUGUCAUCAAUUCUUGUCAAAACCCAAUGUUACAAAAUUGCAAAACUUUGAGCGGGAAUGUUACUACCGAUACAAACGAUGAACCAAAAUUUUCUCAGCCCAAUGUAAAUAAAUUUGAAGCAAAACUUAGAAAACAGAAAAUUGAAUGUGAGACUGAUUCUAAGUGGUUGCAGCAAGAGGAGACUAAACGCCUAAGUUUUAUUGCAACAUUACAAAGUGACGGUGUAGUUAAUGAAGGAUUACCGUACUCAGAGCAGACAGUGACAAAUGAUUUAGACGUUACAUCUCUAGGACAAAAACAAGAAGAAAUCAUAAAAACAGUAUCGAUUGAUAGAACCAAUGAUAACAUAUAUUCUGCAACAACAAGUGUUGUCAAGGCGAUAAUGUCACUGAGUCAAGGAGUUGAAAAAGCAGCCGCGGCUGACUAUUUAAACUUAGUACGAUUUGUUGGUAUUGAGCUUAGGACUCUUUUAUCAUCAGUAGAUUCAUUGGCUUCGAUUUUCUCUCCACAAGCACUUAAGGAAGUAGAAAUGGCACAUAAAAUUUUAGCAAAAGAUAUGUCAGAGUUGGUUUCAACAAUGCGUUUGGCACAACAGUACAGUGAAACUACUUUGGAUAAUGAAUAUCGAAAGAACAUGCUGUCGGCGGCUCAUGUUUUAGCUAUGGAUGCGAAAAAUUUGCUUGAUGUCGUCGAUUCUGUUCGAAUCAGGCACCCAGAACUGUUUCUUCUACAAGAUGUAGAUCCAUCACCUUUAACAGAUUUACAAUCAGUACAACUAUCUAAUUUAUCAAAUAUCAUACAAGAUGAAGGCCACGUUCUAAAGACGGAAGAAACUCCAUCAAUUUUUCCAAGUUAUGAAACUUCAAUUAAUUCAAGCGACAGUUGGACUGAACAACAAUCGUACGAAAAUUUAAGUCACAAAAAUGAAAUAUAUGUCAAUCAAAAACAGCUCAAACCAGAUGAAGGAAUCUAUGAUAAUAACAGCAUUAUUUCUCAGCAAAAUUUUUUAUCCACAAACACUUCUGAUAUGAAUAUUGAUACCAAGAAUCAGUCAAGUUCAUCAAAACCACCUAUAGCUGUUAAAUCAGCCAAAUCGACUAGUUUACAAGAGAAAAUCAAAGCAUUGAACAACGCGGGAUUAUCGGUUUCCACGGUAGAAAAAUUAAAACCACCUAGUCUGGACGAGCCCUUGAAAAUAAUUGAAAAUAAUUACAAUAAUAUAUAAUACAAAAUAUUUUUUUUAAAUUUAAAUACCGUAACAUUAACACACAAAUGAAAAAAAAUUAAAAUAAUGUUAAUGUUACCUUAUUCACACCUGAUUAUCACAUUUGUGAUAUUAAUGUGUAAUUAUAUUUAUAAAUUCAUCAAUUUAUUUAUUUGAUUAUAAGAUCAUAUGUAUUUUGGCCAACGUAUGACAAAAACUUCUAAUAUUUUCCAAAACUAAAAUGUCUAAUAAACGUAACAAAAAUGUAAACCAUUUUUUCCCAACCAAAAACGGCUAAUGAACUCUCAAAAACACGUCCAUCAUUGAAAGUUUUGUUUUAAACGUUUUUAUAAUAUAUGCUAGUUAACGCAAAUAAAAGUAUGACAAUACGAACCAAAACUAAUCUAUGGUUGUAUAUAUGCAAUGCACAGAUUUGGUCAAUAUGCAUGAUGUCAAUGUUUCGUAAGUAAAUCUAUUAAUUGUGCAUACUGCAUACCCAGGGGGAAAACCACGAAAAACAAGAAAGAAAAUAUGAGAAUUAUUUAAACGUAAUGUAAACGCCCCCUGGUGCAUACACAUACGCAUAUUCACGGUGUCUUUAGAGAAUGACAGGUCACACUUAACUCAACGUGGAAAUGAAAUUUCAUUUUUGGUCAUUAAAUCAGUUUAUAGUGAUUAUUCAGCAUAAACACUUUGAGUUAACUAAUUGUUUUUCCAAAAACAGUAUUCAGUGCUACGCCAAUUGGUAGAUGUUUUUUUUAUUAAAAUGAAUUUCGUCGAUAUUUGGUUCGUAAUGUUUUCUUUGAAUGUGCUCCUUAUUUGUGUAUCAACUUCUAAUGAAUCAGAGAACACAGAAGAAACAACAAUAUUUCCGGCAAGUUAUGAAGAUAAUGAAGUAAAUGCCGAGAGUUUUGUCAACGCAACAGGAACCCAGAACGAAAUAACUGUGGAUCAAAUAGGUCCAAUCAUUACACAGUUGCUUAGCCCGAUCAGUUCAUCCAUUCAACCAUAUUUGGGCCCGCUGGCGCCUUUGUCAAAUGUUCUGAGUCAAGUCAUCUCAAGUACUGUGGCGGAAGUAGUUGUAUCUAUCUUAAAUGAUACCAUUUCAUCAGUAAGACGCCAAGAGACACAGUUCAAGAAUUACACGACAUAUUUGGUCAAUAUUCCCAAAAAUGGACGAUUUUUGCUACUUGCUAAAUGCCCAUCAAAGAAGGGUAAUUAUAUUUUCGAUGGAACCAGACAAACCAAGCAUUCCAGCGUACCGAAAACAUAGUAAAACUUGAACGAAAGCACUGGAUAUUUAUUUAUUGUCUUCAAAAUAAUUCUAAACUGAAUCUCAUUAAAUCUUACUAUGUCGAACAAAACCAUUGUAAACCAAUUUAUCACCCGUUAAUAAAUAUUUACAUCUACA